AUGGACGCAAGGGCCAAGGCCGAAGGAUCAUCCUCAAAACGCAGGAGACAACACGACGACGGAAAUGACGAACGGGAAGCGUCACAAAGCCACAGCCAGAGUAGCCAGGUCGUGCCUCGCAACAAAAUACAUUCCGCGCUCCAUGGCAUCCCUGACAAGACCGAAUAUCAGCAUGGCUCGAUUCUGAGGGUGUCGAUGAAGAGCUUUGUGACAUACGAAUCCUGCACAUUCUCGCCUGGACCCAAUCUCAACAUGAUUAUCGGACCCAACGGCACAGGAAAGAGUACUAUCGUCUGUGCUCUCGCUCUCGGACUUGGCUGGAACACUAACUUGCUUGGGAGGGCAAAGGAUAUUUCAGAGUUUGUCAAGCAUGGCUCGGACAAGGGCUGGAUCGAGAUCGUCCUCUGCAACAAGAAUGGAUCCAAUGUCGCCAUCAAGAGAAACAUCAACAAGAAUAACAACCAUAGUAUCUGGAAGAUCAACGGCGAAAACAAGACUCAGAAGGAGGUUGCCGCCAAGGUCCAGUCCUUCAACAUCCAAGUCGACAACCUCUGUCAAUUCCUCCCACAAGACAGAGUGUCAGAGUUCGCGCAGAUGUCGCCGCAGGAGUUGUUGAAGGAGACUCAGCGUGCAGUCGGAGGCGAGGAAAUGCUCAACGCACACCAAAAGAUGGUCGAGCUCUGGAACGAAUACAAGAUCGCCGCUGCUUCUGUAAAAGGAGACCUCGACGCCAUUGCAGCAAACGAGAAACAAAACGCCCAAAUCGAGAAGGAUGUUAUUCGGUUCCAACAGCGCGCUGCCGUCUUGCGAAGAGUCCGCUUUAUCGAUAUUUGGAUUCUGUACGCCAGGUACGGGCUUGCCAAGGAAGAAUACGACAGGUUGAAGGGAGCGCGUCGUCAUCUUUUCCAACGUUUCAAGGAAAUGGAGGCCGCAAGCGGUCCCAUGCAGCAGAAGAAGAUUCAGACUGAAGAGCAUGAGAAAGAACUCCAGGAACAAAAGAACAAACUCGAUCAAUUAUACCAACGGGCAGUUCGAACUCUCAAAGCCAAGGGCAAUGAAAUAGAAGCGACUGAAGGGCAAGGAGAAGAAUUACGCAGUGAUCAGGACAGAUUGAGGGCCAAGGGUCAGCAAAGAGAGGCGUUGAUUGCCAACACCAGGCGCAAACUGGUUGCCUGUCAGACAAUUGUCGAUGGUGCGCCAUCCGAGGACGACGUCAAAGCCGAGAAGGGUGAAUUGGACCAUGAAAUUCGUGCCUUGGUAGAAGAGAGCCGGGAGUCCAAGGACGCCAUCUCAACGUUGCAGCAGCAGCAAGCCGAUAUUGUGGACCAUUGCGCAAGGCUCAAUGCCGAUCUCACUCAAAAGAGGAAAAAAAUGGACGAACUCGAGGAUGUUAAAAACCGCAAGCUUCAGGCCUUGAGGAAUGCGGAUAACGACGUCUACGAAGCAGUGAUAUGGCUUCGCCAGAACCGUCACUUGUUCAAGAAUCGCGUCUUCGACCCAAUCUGUCUCGAGAUCAACGUCAAAGACAAAAAGUUUGCCGAUGCCAUCGAGUCCAACAUUCGCAACUUCCUCAAGACCUUUGUUUGCCAGACCAGAGAGGACUACAACAUCUUCACGGCCGAGUACUUGGACAGGAUGCAAAAAAGAGUCAAUGUUAUGGCACCGGACGAGAGGUCUCUCAACAUGGACCAGUACAAAUCUCCAAUGUCCCAUGAGGAACUGCGGGACUGGGGAUUCCAUUCUUACAUUCUCGACGCCGUGGAAGGCCCACCGACAGUGUUGGCCGUCCUGUGCUCCAAAGCGAAUAUUCAUCAGAUCCCGCUCUCCGACAAAAAUGACCUGGACAGCAAAGCGAUCCGAGACAGCGGAAGAUUCAGGAAAUACGCCACACUGACGAACGUGUUCAGUAUUAACAUUUCCAGACAUACAAAGGAGGCGAUUGAGACAUCGUCCCAGAUCCGCCAGGCCCAGAUCUUGACGGCAUCUGUCGACCCGACCGAGAGGGAACGUCUUAGCAAGAGCGUGGAUGAGUUGCGAGGUCAAUUGAACGAGCGUGAGGGCAACAUCAAGGAAUUGCAUGCAGAGGAGAGCCGAGUCCGGAGGGUUUAUACAGAGUUCACAGACAAGGAAUCUGCGCUGAAACGGAGGAAGGAGGAGCUGAACAACACUCUCAGGAAGAUCCACAAAAACAGGAUUGAGCUUAACAAAGCCAAGGAGGAACUGCAACGGAAACUGGAUGAGCCGAGCACAGAAGACCAGGAGGAGCGAAUUCAGGAGCAGCUGAAAAGGUUGGCGACGAAACGCUGCAAGCUGACGUUGGAGUAUGUGGAGUUGAUGAAGGAGAACCAGCGUCUUGUCACAAAAGUCACCCUCUCGACUUUGGCCCGACUCCAGGCUCAUGCGGUUUCCAAGGCCAUGGACGAUGAGUGGGCGAGCGCGCAAGAGGAACUCGAGCGCGCCGAGGCCGAGUACACUCAGGCAAACGACGCGUACGAGAAGGUCAAGGAUCAAGCUAGGGAUCUGCUGGAAAAGGCCAAGACCGAAUACGCCACUUUGCAGCCCGAGGAACAUGACGAAUUCAAAGAAAUAGGAACCGGAAUUUCGCUGGCGGCACUGGAGGACAUGCUUGCGGGCGAGCAGGCCAAGGUGGCACUUCACUACCAGACCCACCCAUCCGUGAUUGAAAAGUACGAGCGGCGAUUGGAGGAGAUCAAGGUGGCCAAAGCGACCGUGGAAUCCAAGGAGAAGCGGCUGAAGAAGAUUGAGGGCGACAUUGCGACUAUUCGUGGGCCUUGGUACGCCAAGAUCUCGCAGUUGGUCAAUGAUAUCAGCGAGAGCUUCUCGACUUCUUUUGCCAAGAUUGGAUGUGCUGGUGAGAUCAAACUGGGCGAGCAUGAGGACUAUGACAAGUGGAGCAUUGACAUCCUCGUCAAGUUCAGAGAUUCGGAAAAGCUCCAAAAACUCACUGGACAGCGUCAAUCUGGAGGAGAGCGUUCGGUGUCGACGAUCAUGUACUUGAUGGCGAUGCAGUCGCUGUCCAAGGUGUCGUUCCGUGUGGUCGAUGAGAUCAACCAGGGCAUGGAUCCCCGUAAUGAGCGGUUGGUGCACUCGCAGUUGGUCGAAAAGGCAUGCAAGCCCAACACGGCACAAUACUUUUUGAUCACACCCAAGCUUUUGCCGAACUUGGAGUACCACGAGCGGAUGAAGGUGCUUUGUAUUUACAACGGCGAGUGGUUGGAUGAUGGGGUGAUGAAGUGGAACAAGUAUAUUGACAACCAGCAACGCGCAAAGAAGGCACGUCGUCUGUGA